AUGGCCAGUGUUUUAUUUUCUCUGGCAAUCGGCCUACACGCCACCUUGGCGCUGGCAGGGAGCGAUGCAUGCUUGGAUUUAAGAAACAACCCAACCGUCACCAUCGAUUCUGGCCCGGUCAUGGGGACGGUCACGCCCAUUCCCAAUUCCGACGUGAAGGUCGAGAAAUACCUGGGCAUUCCCUUUGCAAAGCCCCCUCCUCGCUUCAGUCCUCCAGAGCCGAUUGAGGCUUGGGCCCCAGCAACGCUCAAUGCCACCGAACAUGGGCCGUAUUGCUACGAGAACUACCUCAAGGACGAGACGUACCAGUCAGUAAAGUACUUGUUCCCACGGCCCCCGGGAGUCGAGGACGAAGACUGCCUCAACAUCAAUGUCUGGACCAAAACGAGCAAGCCCGAGGAGCUGAAGCCGGUCAUGCUGUGGAUGUUUGGAGGGAGCUUCCAGUACGGCACCGGUUCUUCGCCGCUUUACGACGGCACCAACUUUGCUGCCAACCAGGACGUUGUGCUAGUCACGUACAACUACCGCACCAAUGUCUUUGGAUUCCCCAAUGCGCCUGAAAUCCCGGAUGACGAUGUGAACCUAGGAUUCCUUGAUUCCCGGCUAGCCUUGGACUGGGUGCGCCGAAACAUCAAGUCAUUUGGCGGAGAUCCAGAAAAGGUCACCAUCUUUGGGAACAGCGCCGGCGCAGGCAUCGUCGACAGCCUCAUUCUCGCACCGCCCGACCCCCUCCCCUUCCGCGCAGCCAUCUUGCAAUCGGCGACGGCAACCUUCACCGAGAACGCGGGCAACAGCGCCAAGUCCAGAGGCGCCAUAUGGAAGCUGCUGCUCAAGGCGCUCAGGUGCCCCGAGGCGGGCGCGGAAGCCCUCGAGUGCAUUCGCAAGAAGCCGGCCUCGGAGAUCCAGGAGACGGUGCAGAAUAAUAAGAUGCCCUUCACGGCAGUCUCGGGCGUCAAGACAUGGCCCGCCCAAGGCCGACAGUGGCGGCUCAACUCGACCGAGGCAAGGUCGGCCAUUGCGCGUGUCCCUGUUCUCGUGGGGAGCACCGCCGAUGAGGGCCAGACCUUCCUGGCUAGGAGUAACAAUGCGACCGCCGAGGACUAUCUCAAGGGCCUUGCGAGCAAUACCAUCAGCGAUAAGAUAGCUGGCGAGAUUCUGGCGUACUAUCCGAUCGGAUAUCCGGGGAUUCGUAGCGAAUGGGACCAGAAAGCCAGAAUCUCGGGCGAGUACUGGUUCAACACGCCGGCAUGGGGGCUUGCAAACGACAGCGCGUCCGUCGGCAUUCCGGCCUGGAAUUACCUCUACAAUGCGACCUACUUUGAGCCGGCGUUGUAUGAAGGCAGCGGCGCAUUUCACGCUUCAGAGCUCCAGCCUCUGUUCGGCACAUACUCCCGAGAGAACGGCACGAACGGAGGCAAGGAGCACGAGGCCGUGAGCAAGGCUAUGCAGAAGGCAUGGGCGGACUUUGCAAAGGACCCCUAUAGGGGCCCUGGAUGGGAGCAGACGCCUGUCUAUGGCGUAUUUGGAUUUGGGGAUGAUGGGAAGCAGGGUUUUGGUACGAGCAAGCUGGAAGGCUUUGUCUUGCGAUUGAAGUUCUGGCUGAGUUUGUUUGACCUGAUGUCCAAGAGCUAA